AUGUUGUCAAAAUCUUUUAAAUUCUUAACAUUUGCUCUUUUAAUUAUUACUAUUUUAUCGAAUGUUUUUAUCAAUGCAUCGCCAAUUCUCUCAGAAAAACGUGCAAAAGACGGUGUUGCUUAUGCAAGUUUUGAUAAUGGCGGUGAUGUAAAAAAAAUUUCUGGUUUAAUUCGCUUUCCACAGAUUUCAAAAGAAACCACACGUGUAGUUGGACUAUUCACCACUGGUUUUACAAGUGAAAAUCCAAAUGAUUAUGGAUUCGAUGUUGUUGAUGGGUGUUGUAAUGUAUUAUUUGAUUUAAUUAGUAUUAGAGAUCAAUUGUCUAUUAAUCCUCCUGGAACCGGAGCAUUUGAAUUUGACAUAAAACUCCAAGUUAAACAAUUAAGGAAUUCUGGGCUUGAUUUUCAUUGUAAACUUAAAGGCCCAGAAAUCAAAAGAGCUCAAAUCAAGCUUGUAUAA